ACACGCGCUUCAACUUCGGUUGGUGUGUGUCGAAGAAACCUGACUGCGCCCUGAGAACGGCGGAGAGGGUCCACGAGCCUUGCGAAGGGCCGCUGAGCGGGCUCGCGUCCGGAGCCUUCCGGGCUGCCGAGCACCCAGUGGAGCCCACGCCUGGCCCAGGUGUGGGACCUCGUCCUUCACGUCUUCGCAGAGGAGUCCUCGCGUGGUGAGUAUGCGAAACAAGCGGAUUCUGAAAACAAAAAGGAGAAGAGGUGGAAGAGGGGGCCAGGAUCUAGGCCUCCAUCCCCACAGGAGUGAAGCUAUACCUGGGAGGUCUCCUCCCACCCCAACAGUCACCCUGGGGCCCGACUGCCCACCUCCUCCUCCUCCCCCUCCCCCCAACAACAACAACAAGCCCAGUGGCCAUAAAAGCCCCUGUGUCCCCAACCUGACAGAACGCAGGCGGGACGAGCUGUCUGAAGAGAUCAACAACCUAAGAGAGAAGGUCAUGAAGCAGUCAGAGGAGAACAACAACCUGCAGAACCAGGUACAGAAGCUCACCGAGGAGAACACCUCUCUUCGUGAGCAGGUGGAACCCCCGGAGGAUGAGGAUGACGACAUCGAGCUCCGUGGUGCUGCAGCUGCUGCUGCCCCACCUCCUCCAAUCGAGGAAGAGUGCCCUGAAGACCUUCCUGAGAAGUUCGAUGGCAAUCCAGACAUGCUGGCCCCAUUCAUGUCCCAGUGCCAGAUCUUCAUGGAAAAGAGCACCAGAGAUUUCUCAGUUGAUCGUGUCCGUGUCUGCUUUGUGACAAGCAUGAUGACUGGCCGUGCUGCCCGCUGGGCCUCAGCGAAGCUGGAGCGCUCGCAUUACCUGAUGCAUAACUACCCAGCCUUCAUGAUGGAAAUGAAGCAUGUCUUCGAAGACCCUCAGCGGCGAGAGGCUGCCAAACGUAAGAUCAGACGUCUGCGCCAGGGCAUGGGGUCUGUCAUCGAUUAUUCCAACGCAUUCCAGAUGAUUGCCCAAGACCUGGAUUGGAAUGAGCCUGCACUGAUUGACCAGUACCACGAGGGCCUCAGCGACCAGAUUCAGGAGGAGCUGUCCCACUUGGAGGUGGCCAAGUCACUGUCGGCACUUAUCGGUCAGUGCAUUCACAUCGAGCGCAGGCUGGCCAGGGCAGCUGCAGCCCGCAAGCCACGCUCCCCACCCCGGGCCCUGGUUCUGCCUCACAUCUCAAGCCACCACCAGGUGGAUCCCACUGAGCCCGUGGGAGGUGCCCGCAUGCGCCUGACCCAGGAAGAAAAGGAAAGACGCAGAAAGCUGAACCUCUGUCUCUACUGUGGAACCGGAGGUCACUACGCCGACAGCUGUCCUGCCAAGGCCUCAAAGGCAUCGCCGGCGGGAAACUCCCCGGCCCCGCUGUAGAGGGACCUUCAGCGACCGGGCCAGAAAUAAUAAGGUCCCCACAAGAUGAUGCCUCAUCUCCUCACUUGCAAGUGAUGCUCCAGAUUCAUCUUCCGGGCAGACACACUCUGUUCGUCCGAGCCAUGAUCGAUUCUGGUGCUUCUGGCAACUUCAUUGAUCACGAAUAUGUUGCCCAAAAUGGAAUUCCUCUAAGAGUCAAGGACUGGCCAAUACUCGUGGAAGCAAUUGAUGGGCGCCCCAUUGCAUCAGGCCCAGUCGUCCACGAAACCCACGACCUGAUAGUUGACCUGGGAGAUCACCGUGAGGUGCUGUCAUUUGAUGUGACUCAGUCUCCAUUCUUCCCUGUAGUCCUAGGGGUUCGCUGGCUGAGCACACAUGACCCCAACAUCACAUGGAGCACUCGAUCUAUCGUCUUUGAUUCAGAAUACUGCCGAUACCACUGCCGGAUGUAUUCUCCAAUACCACCGUCGCUCCCACCACCAGCACCACAGCCAUCGCUUUACUACCCAGUGGAUGGAUACCGAGUUUACCAACCAGUGAGGUAUUACUACGUCCAGAAUGUGUACACUCCAGUAGAUGAGCACGUGUACCCGGAUCACCGUCUGGUUGACCCCAACAUAGAAAUGAUACCUGGAGCACACAGCAUUCCCAGCGGACAUGUGUACUCACUGUCUGAAUCCGAGAUGGCAGCUCUCCGAGAUUUUGUGGCAAGAAAUGUGAAAGAUGGGCUGAUUACUCCAACCAUUGCACCUAAUGGAGCCCAGGUUCUCCAAGUGAAGAGGGGGUGGAAACUGCAAGUGUCUUAUGAUUGCCGAGCUCCAAACAAUUUUACCAUCCAGAACCAGUAUCCUCGUCUGUCUAUUCCGAAUUUAGAUGACCAAGCUCACCUGGCAACGUAUACUGAAUUCGUACCUCAAGUACCUGGAUAUCCAACAUACCCCACGUACACCACGUAUCCGACCUACCCAGUAGGAUUCGCCUGGUACCCAGUGGGACGAGAUGGACAAGGAAGAUCUCUCUACGUACCUGUUAUGAUCACUUGGAAUCCACAUUGGUACCGCCAGCCUCCGGUACCACAGUAUCCACCACCACAGCCACCACCCCCACCACCGCCGCCACCCCCACCUCCAUCCUACAGCACCAUGUAAAUAUUUGUCACAUCCUUCAGGAUCUCUGCCCUCUAAAUUUAUUCCUGUUCAGCUUCUCAAUCAGUGACUGUGUGCUAAAUUGGGCUACUGCAUCUUCAGACCACUUGAGGCACAUCCUCUCUGAAGAGGCUAUAGGAGAUCAGGGCCACCUUGGACUGGCACACAUCGUAAAGCACCAAAAAACCUUCAAGAUUUUCUGGGAGCAACAGAAUAUUUACUAACAAGUUCCCAGUGUUCCACCUUGACUGCCAAUCUAAAGUAACAAGUUUACUUUCCAGUGAAUCCUGGAAGCCUGGAUUUUACCUACUGAAACCUCAGUCACCAUCUAAAUUCUAAAGGCUGCCAAAUUCCUCUUUAAUAUUUACAGAGAAGCUGAUAUAAACACAGGAAAUGCUGAUUUCUUUAUGGAGGGGGAGAGGAGGAGGAGGAUGUGACUUUUCUUGCAGUUUCGGUACUCUAUCACUGGAGGACCGACGCCUUAUUAAGGAAGCCAAAUUAUUGGUGCAGCGUGGAAGGCUUCCGUGAUCCUCUUGCUGCACCCUUAGAAACUUCACCGUCUUCAAACUCCACAUCAUAGUUCCGUUAGUUCUCAAGGAGCAGCAACUCGACCAGUUCACCCCAGGAGCAGGCAAAACCCCUGCAACACGAAACACCUCAGGCCUGAGAAGGAAGUGCUCUCUUAGACGGACUCUUGUAUGUUAAGAGUGUGCCUUCACAUCCUGGUGCAAAUCACAGGUACCCAAGAACUCUGGCUUUGACACAACACCUUACCAUCAUCAUGCCACUAAUGGCUUUCACCAAGCAUUAAGCCUGAUAACCAGAGUCUUCUGGUAGCUCCAGGUAUGUUAGAUGUUGUGACCACCUCUCAAUCACGUGUGAGGGCUAAAGAGCAGCAAUGUCAAGGACUCCUAAAUCCCAUACCCAACUCUUAAAAAAAGACUCUGAGGUGAUUGUUGCCAACUUGCCUGGUACUUCAGAAGGAAUUUUUCACAAGAAUUGUUAAUUAAUUAGCUGGAAAAACAUCAGUUGAGGUUUUGGAAGCAUCUGUCUGCUCGUCUGUCUCCAUAUGCAUCUGGGCAUUCCAUCAUCAGUCUCAGUCCCCUCAUUAGACUGUCACAUUAGGAUGCUUGGAGAGGGGAAAUGAUUUAGCACCCAGAACCACACUCCUAUGCCUGGGAGGGAUGUCUCUGAAAAAGAGGAUUUAGGGCUAUGGACACUUCCUUGGGGAUACAGACUUCCUUAGCUUCUUGGUCUUUGGGAUGACCUGACGGGAACCACUUUGAAAGGAUGAGAGUUCACACAAUGGAAAGGGUCUGACAUGAAGUUGCCAAUGGAUAAAAGGCCUCAGAAAAUAACUCAAAGGACUUAAAGCAGCAGACAACACAAGAGUUGUCUUCGAUCCAGUGACACUUCUAGUGUCUCCUGGACUUUUUGUGCUAACCUGGGACUGCCUGACUUCUUUAGCCUGGUCCCUUGCUACUACCUUGAACUGUUUUGUCUAACCUCUCUCUUUCUGUUUAAUUCUUUACUACUGCCAUUAACUCUGCUGUGGGAAGGGGUCACCUUCCUGCCUGGUUGCCUGUCAUGAAGAGGAGUCUCACGGUGAAGUUUCAUUUUUCAUCAGCAUCAUCUCACACAUUCAUUAUCAUCCACCCUUUAUUCUUGCAUGUUUAAAUACUUAAGUCUUGUAGCCGUGGUAGUGUCCUUUAACAGUUUUAAAGUGGUGACUAUGCUUUCCGAACUUUCCAUUGAAUUAUAAAAUACUGUUCGAUUCUCAUGUUAAACUAAGUAAAAAUGAUAAAUAACAUAGUAUAAAAUAUUUCUUUACUGUGAACUUCUUACAACACUGUGAAUGAGAGGCUCCUCAGAAAUGGAGUACUUAUGUAAUAGUUCAUCCUGUUCAUCUUCAGUCUUCAAUUUGAACAAUAUAACUUCAAUUCUACCAAUUGGACCUUUACAAAUCAAACAAAAGGAUUUACAGUUUCAAAGAAGAAAUGUAAUUGGCUAUUGAAUGCAAAACAACUUUCUUUUCUUCAAUGGAAUCAGAAAGCUUGUCAAUCACUGGUGUUUUAGAGUAAUGACUUUUAAAAUGGUGCAUUUGUGCUUCUGGACUAUGUUGAAGCGUCACUUCAGUUACCUCAGAUAUCAAUCCAUCCUUCAUAUGUUUGAAUUCAAGUUGUUCUGUGUCAAAUUUACAGUUGUCAAUUGAUCUUCAAGCUGCAGCAUGCCUAGAAAUGGGCCAUUUUCUGCAGCACUGGCAUGUACACACGGACAUUGGCCACUACCGCAAGCAAAAGUCUGGAGAAGUUUGCCAAUUGACAGGAAUCAUCAGGGGGAGCAUACUGGUGUGGGAUAACAAUUCAGAGUCCCUGACACACACUUGGCUGUUUACGAAAGCUUGCGAUUAACUUUUCGGCAGUGUGUACUAUGCUCUAUUGCUAUAUAUAUUAUCUAUAAAUGUUAGAUGUUAAGGAUAAGUAAUCUUAAAUUUAUUGUUCUAUAGUAUUAAAUUUAGCUAAGUUUCCUUUCUCUCAGUUUUGUCCAUUACUGUUGAUCAAAUUUAUGUUAAUUGAGUUCUUUCCACUUUUUUUGGCAAAAAAAAUGCCUUUAUUCAUAAGAAAGGAAGAAGCAAAGGAAUUAAAGAAGUUAGAAAAGGAGCA